AUGGAUGAUAAGGUAGAUUAUCGAGGUUAUGAAGUAACAGUUGAAAACUUCUUGAGGGUGUUGACUGGUGGUCAUGAAACAGCUGUCCCAAGAUCAAAACGGCUUCUUAGUGAUGAAGGAAGCCACGUACUUCUGUACAUGACAGGGCAUGGUGGAGACGAGUUUUUAAAGUUUCAGGAUUCGGAAGAGCUUCAAAGUCAUGAUUUAGCCGAUGCAGUGAAACAAAUGAAAGAAAAGCGUAGAUUCAAGGAGCUGCUAAUAAUGGUUGAUACUUGCCAAGCUGCUACUCUUUUCUCUCAGUCCAAAUACGCUGAUGUCAACUGCCUAUUAUCGAACAGUUCUAUACCCUCGCGGACUAGAAGAGGUACCCGUGACAAACUUUUUGGUUCAUUCAUGGAGACGAUACACACUGAUUCUGCGUAUAAAGCAUUUUCUGGCAAAAACUCGAAAAAAUCUACAUUAGAGAUGUCUCUUCGGCAGUCCAGCCAAGACGUACGACGAACACUAGCAAGUUUGGAUGUUCAGGUUAUUGCCAAACCAAUUUAG